AGUCCAAAUAAAGUACAACCAUAUACAUUAGAAACACCCUCAAAUGAACAUUCCCUUGUUUUCUCACCUCCUCCUUUAGUCUUUUUUUUUCUCCAUUUCUUCCUCCUUAGCCAGGAGGGCUGGAGAUGGAAAAGAUACCAUCAUCGUCGACAAUGGCGAUCCUCGUGGUUCUUUUCUACCUCUUCCUAGCCUACCCAAUUGUCUCAGGCGUGUCCACCGGUGCCCCUGCUAAAUCUGAUACCUUUAUCCCACUAGAUAACUUCCUCCUUGAUUGUGGCGCGACCGCUCAAACCACCCUACCAAAUCAAAGGGUCUUUUUACCAGACCAAGACACUGGUAAGUUCCUAUCAAACCAAGGCAGGGACGUCCAAGUUUCUGUACCAUCAGCAGAUGUUCCUCUACCUAUCUAUCUUAGUGCAAAAAUCUUUUUCAAUGAGGCCGUUUACAAGUUUCAUAUGUCUCGACCGGGUUGGCAUUGGGUACGACUCCAUUUCUUCCCUGUUCAAAGCAAUGAAUUUAAUCUUAAGGAUGCCAAAUUCUCUGUCAUCACAGAUACAUUAGUCCUACUCCAUGAAUUUGAACUUGGCAACAACACUAGUUGGUUUGUCAAAGAGUACCUUGUUAAUGUAACCACUGAACAAUUCUCCAUCAAAUUCCAACCUGUGAAGGACUCUGCAGCUUUCAUCAAUGCCAUUGAGGUAGUUUCUGCCCCGGAUAUGUUGAUCAGCGAUGUUGGCUCGACUCUUUUUCCCGUUGCACAAACUACAGGCCUGUCCACAAACGCUUACCAAACCGUGUAUAGGCUUAAUGUCGGUGGUCCUAUCAUUAGCUCACAAAAUGACACCUUGGGUCGAACUUGGGUGUCUGAUCAACCAUAUCUCAAGCAUGGCCUUGCAGCAAAGAAUACCUCCAUCGCACCAUCGAUCAUUUCUUACCCUGAAGGAGAAUCACCAUUGAUCGCGCCACCAACAGUGUAUGCAUCUGCAAUUGAGAUGGAAAAUGCCAAUGUCAUUAGUCCAAACUUCAAUGUGACAUGGAAUUUAGAUAUUGAUACUUCAUAUGCAUACUUUGUUCGCUUACACUUUUGUGAUAUAGUCAGCAAGUCCCUCAAUGACCUUUAUUUCAAUGUGUAUAUCAAUGGGAAGAUGGCAAUUUCGGGGUUAGAUUUGUCGACGCUCACGGGCGGUUUGGCAAUGCCUUACUACAAAGACUUUGUUGUGAAUUCAACCAUGGUGACUAAUCCACUCACCAUUCAGAUUGGUCCGAUGAACGAAGACACUGGAUCAAAGAAUGCACUUCUUAAUGGUGUGGAGGUCAUGAAAAUCAACAAUACUGUUGGUAGUUUGGAUGGAGAGUUUGGUGUUGAUGGAAAGUCAGCCACCGGUGCAACCCGUGGCACGGUGGCUGCAGUUGGGUUUGCAAUGAUGUUUGGAGCCUUUGUGGGUUUGGGUGCAAUGGCUGUGAAGUGGCAAAAGAGGCCUCAAGAUUGGCAAAGGAGGAACAGUUUCUCUUCAUGGUUGCUUCCACUUCAUGCUGGAGACACAAGCUUUAUGUCAAGCAAGCACUCGAUAGGGUCUCGAAAGAGCCAAUUCUUCUCAUCAACUACUGGACUAGGCCGAUACUUCUCUUUCUUUGAGCUACAAGAAGCUACAAAGAAUUGGGAUCCAAGUGCAAUCAUCGGUGUUGGCGGGUUUGGAAAUGUCUAUGUUGGAGAGAUUUAUGAUGGGACUAAAGUGGCUAUCAAGAGAGGCAACCCACAAUCUGAACAAGGAAUCAAUGAAUUCCAAACAGAAAUCCAGAUCCUAUCAAAACUUAGACAUCGUCAUUUGGUGUCACUGAUUGGGUAUUGUGACGAAAACGCAGAAAUGAUACUGGUUUACGAGUUCAUGUCCAAUGGACCUCUCAGAGAUCAUCUUUAUGGAACGGACUUGCCAUCAAUGUCAUGGAAGCAGAGGCUUGAAAUAUGCAUCGGGGCAGCUCGUGGGCUUCAUUACCUCCACACAGGUGCAGCUCAAGGUAUAAUCCACCGUGAUGUGAAAACCACAAACAUUUUGCUAGAUGAUAACUUCAUAGCCAAAAUGGCUGAUUUUGGUCUGUCAAAAGAUGCACCAACCACUGAGCAAACUCAUGUUAGUACCGCGGUGAAGGGGAGUUUUGGGUAUUUGGAUCCUGAGUACUUCAGAAAACAGCAACUGACUGAUAAAUCGGAUGUUUACUCUUUUGGGGUGGUGUUGUUGGAAGUCUUGUGUGCACGUCCAGCCUUAAACCCGGCAUUGUCGAGGGAUCAAGUGAACUUGGCAGAGUGGGCAAUGCAAUGCAAGAGAAAGGCCUUGCUUGACAAGAUCAUAGACCCGACCCUCGUUGGCCAUAUCAAUCUUGAGUCGAUGAACAAGUUUGCUGAGGCUGCAGAGAAGUGUUUGGCUGAGUAUGGUGUUGACAGGCCUACUAUGGGUGAUGUGCUGUGGAAUUUGGAGUAUGCAUUGCAGCUGCAAGAGACCUCAUUGCAAGGAAAGGAAGAGGAUGAAAACAAUGCUUUUGCAGCUGCUACCUCUUCUGCUAUGGUUGCUUCUGCUGCUGCUACGACCACUGAUAACCGACCCAUUUCGUUGCCUCAGGAGAGUACAAACCCUGCUGAAGUUCAGGUCAUUGACGAGCUUUCAGGAACUGCAUCGUCUGCUCAAUCAUCCGCACUCAAUGGUCGAUAA